AUGGAGGAAAAAUUAGCAAGGGCUAAAGGCAGACACCUUGGUCUCGGCGCGUAUUUGAAAACUCUUUUAAGUGAAUUAAACGAGUAUGUUUCUUCGGAAAGCGGUGAUUGCGAGCAAUCUAAACUCCUUGGGUUGAGAAACAAUGUGGCUAGUAUCAUCGAACAAUUGGCGACUGUGCACAAUGAAAUAUUAUCCUUGAUAGAUCCAAAGGACAUUGAGCCGGAAAUUAUUUGUCACAUGAAAGCUUUAGAACCUUGUCACCAAGUUUUGGCAAAGGCGGAUUUGAAACUUGAAGAAAUUAAGCAAGGGCAAAGUAAUAUUAAUAGCGCAAGUUAUUCCUUAGGUGCAGCCGGUUUAAGCACAAAUAGAAGUCCUGCGCAUUGUAAGCUGCCAAAAUUAGCAUUACCAGAGUUUACGGGGGAACCCUUAGAUUGGCAGGGGUUCUGGGAUCAGUAUCAAGUGUCGAUCCACAGUAAUAUAAACAUAAGUGAUAUUGAUAAAUUCAAUUAUUUAAAAGGUUGUGUGAAAGGGGAAGCUCUUGCGGCUAUUUCAGGGUUGACUUUAACUUCAGAUAAUUAUCAGGAGGCAGUUCAGGUUUUAAAGGAUAGAUUUGGGAAUGAGCAGGUGCUCAUUUCUGCACAUAUGGAGUCUCUACUUAAAAUUAAUAAAAUUAAGUCAGUUGAUAACAUUAAGGGGUUAAGGAUGUUGUACAGUCAUGUUGAAAACUGUAUGAGGAACUUGAAAUCUCUUAAGCUUGACACCAGUGGGUAUGGCUCUCUUCUCAUUCCAAUUUUAAAGGACCGCUUGCCCGAUGAGAUUAAUAUGAUUAUUUCGAGACAGUUUUGUGGUAAAGUAUGGAACUUAGAUAAGGUCAUGGAAUUUUUUAACAAUGAGCUUCGUGCUCAAGAAGAUUGUAAUUUCUCAUUGAGUAAUAAAUCGGAUGGUAGAUCUGACAAUUUCAGGAAAAGGGAGCCCUAUACAGCAAGUGGGUUAUUCAGUCAAACUAGUAAAACCCCCUGUAUAUAUUGUAAUGAGGGGGGACAUCUUCCAUCUAGGUGUAGUAAGGUCUCGAAUCACCAUUCUCGGAAAGACAUAUUGCGGAAAAAAGGGAGAUGUUUUAUUUGUUUAGAUUCGAGACAUAUAGCAAAAAAUUGUACGGCAACUUAUGUUUGUAAGCGGUGCAACAAGGGUAAACACCACAUUUCCAUUUGUGAGGCAGCGUCGGGCAGACGAAAUGCAAGUAAGGAGAAUGGGAGCAAAGAGGAUGAGGAGAGUAGGGAAUUUGUAGGUCAUACUGGCUGUGACCAGCAGGGAAUAUUAUUACAAACAGCUAGAGUACAGGUCUAUGAUGAGGAGAAUAUUGGUACUCAAGUAGCUACCAGGAUUUUGUUUGAUAGUGGAAGCCAGCGGUCUUACAUUUCUGAUAAGGUUAGAGCUAGGUUGCAGUUAAAGUCGAUCAGGUCAGAAAAGGUCAUAAUUAAGACCUUUGGUCAGGACAAUGAUAGCAAGGUUAAGAGACUAGAUGUCGUUCAGGUCAAAGUCAAGAAUAAAUCUGAUUCUAGGUGCACCAGUGUUGAGGCUUUAUGUGUUCCCACAAUUUGCAGCCCUCUUACUAACCAAUAUAUCUCAAAAACGCAUGAUUUGGAAGAAUUUGAGGACUUGGAAUUGGCUGACCAUGAAGGCGAUUCUCCAAACCUCCCAGUAGGAAUUUUAAUCGGGGUAGAUUAUUAUCACACGUUCAUGACAGGAAAGGUUGUGCGAAGUAAGGCGGGUCCAGUAGCAUGCGGAACUAAGGUGGGAUGGGUAGUAAGUGGCAAAAUUGGGACAGGUCCUCCUGACCUGCAUUGUUUCGAGACCCAUAUCCUACGUGCCUCAGUUGAAUGUAAAGAAACAUCAGACGCUUUAAGACAAGUUUUAGAUACAUUUUGGUCCGUGGAGACUAUAGGCUCCUCCAGUGACUGUGUGGUCAGUCAGUUUGAAAAUGACAUAGGGCACGACGGGACCCGAUAUGUAACGAAAUUACCCUUUAAGCCAGACCAUGAGCAGCUGCCAGACAACUUUCGUGUAUGUGAAGGGCGUUUAACAUCUCUAAAACGGCGUUUAACAUCUAAAGGAAUUCUCAGGGAGUAUGAUACGAUCUUUACAGAGUACGAGAAAAGCGGAAUAAUUGAACGCGUUCCUUCACAUGAGAUUGGUGGGGAAGUAGGUGGGGUCCAUUAUCUCCCGCAUCGACCGGUCGUGCGGGAGGACAAGCAGACUACGAAAAUUCGGGCAGUUUUCGACGCUUCGUGUCAGGUUAACGGCCCCUCACUUAACCAAUGUUUGUAUUCAGGACCAAAUCUUAUUGCCAAGAUAUUUGACAUCCUAGUGAGAUUUAGGCUUAAUAAGAUAGGCAUCCUAGCAGAUAUAAAACAGGCGUUCCUUAACAUCGCUAUAUCUAGGGAGCGUAGAGAUUUU